UUUCACGUCAGUCCCAAUAUACUUCGCCCCCAAAAAUUUGAUUUGUAAAUGCGUCACUGUCCCGCCCCGACGUUUACAAACUGUGCACUCAAAUCAGGGACACUGCAGCGACUAUGACCCGCUUUCAAGAUGCAGUGAGGAAGAGGAGAAGAAGGGGGCAUCAGUGCAGAUAGAAGAAAGAGAGAGAGAGAGGGAGUCAGUCCCACCGUGUUCUCUUGGUAAGGAGAAGCUGGGGUUCAGUCUGGCUGCAUCACAGGAGACACAGAGCCCGCAUACCCGGAGCUGCCUGUCGCAGGUUAAAAGCACUGAAGACGGUCCUGUGAAGUUCCCAUUGAAUCCGUAUGGGAUUAAUGGACCUCUACUAUGGCCCAAAGGAGAUGAUUGUACACCCAUCACUUGUUGUACAAUGACAAGCAUGAUUUACCUGACUGUAAUAAGCAUUUUGUACUUGCCCAUUUUACUCUUUGAGGCAUUCGUCUUUUCCAAAGGCAAGUAUGAGAGGUCAGUUGUCCCAAGCUCUGCCUCCCGCCUGGUGGCACGAAUGGAUGGGGAUGUAAUAAUAGGCGCCCUGUUUUCCGUACACCACCAGCCGUCAGCGGAGAAGGUUGCUGAGAGGAAAUGCGGAGAAGUCCGUGAGCAGUAUGGCAUCCAGAGAGUGGAGGCCAUGUUCCACACCCUGGAUAGAAUAAACUCGGACCCCAACCUGCUACCCAACAUCACCCUUGGCUGUGAGAUCAGGGACUCCUGCUGGCAUUCCUCUGUGGCCCUGGAGCAGAGCAUUGAGUUCAUACGGGACUCUCUCAUCUCCAUCCGAGAUGAUACGGAGGGCUCCAAGUGGUGCAUUGAAGGGUCACCCUCCAGCCAGCCGCCUCCUACCAAGAAGCCCAUCGCAGGAGUCAUCGGUCCCGGCUCAAGCUCGGUUGCAAUUCAAGUCCAGAACCUUCUGCAACUGUUCAACAUCCCGCAGAUUGCCUAUUCUGCAACAAGCAUUGACCUCAGUGAUAAGACCUUGUUCAAGUACUUCCUCAGAGUUGUGCCCUCAGACACGCUACAAGCCAGAGCCCUGUUGGACAUUGUCAAACAGUACAAUUGGACCUAUGUGUCAGCAGUACACACAGAGGGUAACUACGGCGAGAGCGGGAUGGAGGCGUUCAAAGAGCUCGCCUCGCAGGAAGGGCUCUGCAUCGCUCAUUCUGACAAGAUCUACAGCAACGCCGGCGAGAAGCACUUCGACCGGCUGCUCAGGAAGCUGCGGGAGCGUCUUCCCAAAGCCAGAGUUGUUGUCUGCUUCUGUGAAGGCAUGACAGUCCGCGGGCUGCUCAUGGCUAUGAGGCGCCUCGGAGUGGCGGGAGAGUUCCUCCUAAUUGGCAGUGACGGCUGGGCGGACCGCGUGGAGGUGGUGGAGGGAUACGAGCACGAGGCUGUUGGCGGCAUCACCGUGAAGCUACACUCCGAAGAGGUCUCCUCCUUCGACAGUUACUUCCUGAAGCUCAAGCUCAGCACGAACACGCGCAACCCGUGGUUCCCGGAGUUCUGGCAGCAUCGCUUUCAGUGCCGCCUUCCCGGACACCCGCAGGAGAACCUGAACUACGCACGCAACUGCUCAGAGGAUGAUGAUCUAGGUUAUGAAAGUCUUGAAGACAACUAUGUUCAAGACAGCAAGAUGGGCUUUGUCAUCAAUGCCAUCUACGCCAUGGCACACGGUCUGCAUGACAUGCACUCACACCUCUGUCCCGACCAUGUGGGACUGUGUGAUGACAUGAAACCCAUCGAUGGAAGCCAUUUGCUGGAGUUUCUACUCAAGACGUCCUUCACAGGAGUGUCCGGGGAGGACAUAUGGUUUGAUGAGAAUGGAGACUCGCCUGGAAGGUAUGAGAUUAUGAACUUCCAGCAUGUGGAGCCUGGUGUUUAUGACUACAUCAACAUCGGCUCGUGGCACGAGGGCAUGCUGAGCCUCGACGAUGAAAUGAUCCAGAUGAACAGCAGUGACAUGGUCCGCUCCGUCUGCAGCGAGCCCUGCUCCAAAGGAGAAAUCAAGGUCAUAAGAAAGGGGGAGGUGAGCUGCUGCUGGAUAUGCACUGCCUGCAAGGACAAUGAAUAUGUGCAGGACGAGUUCACAUGCAAGGCCUGUGAGCUGGGCUGGUGGCCUGACAAAGAACUGGAGGGUUGCGAACCAAUUCCCCUGCACUACCUCGAGUGGAGCAAUCCAGAAUCCAUCAUCCAGGUUGUCUUUUCCUGCUUGGGCAUCCUGGUUACGUCAUUCGUAGCCUUCAUCUUUGUCCUGUACCGUGACACGCCUGUGGUGAAGUCAUCCAGCCGUGAGCUCUGCUACAUUAUCCUAGCUGGGAUCUUCCUUGGAUACCUGUGCCCUUUCACCCUCAUAGCGCGACCCACAGUGGCGUCCUGCUACCUUCAGAGACUUCUCGUCGGACUCUCAGCUGCCAUGUGCUACUCCGCACUCGUGACCAAAACCAAUCGCAUCGCUCGCAUCCUGGCGGGCAGCAAGAAGAAGAUCUGCACCAGGAAGCCGAGGUUCAUGAGCGCGUGGGCUCAGGUGGUCAUCGCCUCAAUACUUAUCAGUCUUCAGUUGACGUUGGAAGUUACGCUUAUCAUCAUGGAGCCUCCUGAACCGAUCAAAUCCUACCCAAGCAUCAGAGAAGUGUUUCUGAUCUGCAACACCAGCAACCUCGGCGUUGUGGCGCCACUGGGCUACAACGGUUUGCUCAUCAUGAGCUGCACCUACUAUGCAUUCAAGACCCGCAACGUUCCCGCCAAUUUCAACGAAGCCAAGUACAUCGCCUUCACCAUGUACACCACGUGCAUCAUCUGGCUCGCCUUUGUGCCGAUCUACUUCGGCAGCAACUACAAGAUCAUCACCACGUCGUUCUCCGUGAGCCUCAGCGUGACCGUGGCUUUGGGGUGCAUGUUCACGCCAAAGAUGUACAUCAUCAUCGCGAAGCCAGAGCGGAACGUACGCAGCGCGUUCACCACGUCCGACGCCGUGCGCAUGCACGUCGGCGACGGCAAAAUCGCCUGCCGAAGCAACAGCCUCCUCAACAUGUUCAAGAGGAAGAAGAACGCCGGGAACGGCAGUUCUAAUGGAAAGUCUGUGUCAUGGUCUGAACCAGGUGCAAGACAUCCUCCCAAAGGGGAUCAUAUGUGGCACAGACUGUCAGUGCAUGUGAAGAGACAGGAAGCAGGUUCCAAUCAGAUGGCUGUCAUCAAACCCUUAACUAAUACCUACCAAAACACUGCCGGUGAGUUCUCAGACCUCAGCACUAAGACGUUGUACAAUGUGGCUGAGGAGGACGAAAACGACCCGCUCACUUACAGCUCCCCCGCCACUCCCCCCAUGAUGGCCCACGGACAGAUGCCAGCGUGUGACAUGACAAAAGAGGCGGCCGGGGACGUGGAGCUCUAUUCCCUGGACUGUCUCCAGCAAAAUAGCAUUAUCCCUCAACACUGCGUCACGGACUGCCUGCAGGAGGAGAUUGUUCUGAAUGAGUUAAGCAGUGACACCCAUGAGCUCGUUGAUGAUGUGUGCCUGCCUCCGGCUGUUUCAGGCAUGCCGGUGUACCACCAGGCUCACCUCAUCCAGCAGGAACCCAUCCUGCCUGUCCAUCUUGACCCAUUUGAUGAGGAGCCCGUCUCCCCUUUAGAGGAGGAGGAAGAAAUGGAGAGCGAGCAGUUCGGCCUCCUACAGGGCUUUAUGUAUAACAACACCCAGAUUCACGACGAGGAGGAGGACAUGAUAGAGGUCAAAUUAGCAAUGGAGGACUCCGUCGCCCUAAUGCCACCGUCCCCUUUCCGCGAUCGCUCUGGUACCCCAGUAAGCCCGUUUCCCAACUCACCAGUGUCCGAGUCUGUCCUGUGCACACCUCCAAAUGUGACGUAUGCCUCUGUCAUUCUUGGAGACUACAAGCAGAGCGCUUCGACUCUGUGAUUUGAUGCCCUAAAUGUUAAAGGUGCAGUAUGUAACUUUAAAUCAAAAAAUAUCUUUUUUUACAUAUUUGUUAAAACUGUCGCCAUGUAUGGUUUGAGACCAUUUGUGAAAAGAUCGAUCUCCUCCAAGAGCUACUAUUGUAGUCUGAAGAAAUGCACCACUCCCAAUCAAAAACAACCAAUGAGAGCCAGGAGGAGGAUCUUAGCGCUGUCAUUCAUCCUUGUGUACACGCUGCUAAAUGUGCUAAUGGCGGAGAAACAACUCAACGUUACAGGAAAACCGUUUAUCGCAGUCAUCAGUCACCAUACUAACUAGCUUGAACAUUCAUGACAGACUGUGCUCGGUGUAGCAUAGCAGAGAGCAAGAAGGGGAAGAUAAAUGGGAGAAUGAGCAGCACUACACAGAGGGGUGAUUGACAACGGUAAGACCCUCUUCCUGCGCUGAUUGGUUGUGUCUAGAUAGCACUGGGAGAAGGCAGAGGAGCUUGAUCCUAUUUUUUUUUUUUUUUCACAGAUUAUCUGUCUCAAACAAUACUGUCACAACAUAGUGUCAGUUUCAACAGAUACUGUAUGUAAAAAAUACUUUUUAAUGAAAGUUACAUACUGCAGUUUUAAGAGUUCUGCUACAUGUUCAAGUUUACAUCAACAUGCGCUGUAUGUGACAAUAUAUAAGGAAAAAGUCA